GCAUUUCAAAAAUGUUGAGGAUAAUGAGAAUAUUAAUCUCAAUUUAUGAACCUCGUGGCCUUGGUUCAUGGUUGAUCCGCGCUAAGAUAGAUAGAGAUGAGGGCGUUGAAAGUUGAAAAGAAGAAAGAAAGGAAGAGGAUUGGGGUGGGUUUGGCGGGGUCCACUUGAUAGUUUUACCUGGUCGCAAUACGCGGUUUGAGUGGACCCCACACUUGCUCUCCUCUUCCUCCUUCCUCAGCACCUCUGCUGUGAGCAAGGCAGCCCUGUAUCUAAUAGUUUGUUGUUAUUGUUAUUAUUGCGUGAAUGCAAAGGGUUAAGCAGAGGAGGAAGAGAGAAACAUCCCAGACGCAAACAAAUUGAGAUAAUGGGUUAGAAAGAAACAUCCCACACCAACCUUCACCCUCUAAACAAGUACCACUUUUCUUUUCAUUCCACCCGCCCUCUCUUGGACUCUACCCGGCUUUUCCUUUCUCUUGUCGUUUACCUUAAUUGCUGCAUCUUUUUAUUGCUCUCUGCUGCUUAUAAAUACUUCCUCUCUUUCUCUCUCUCCGCAUCUUUUCUAUUUUGCCGCCGUUUAUGAAACACCACCACCUCGCCUCUGCCGCCGUUUCCUAGCUGUUCCACCGCCGUCGCCAUGUCGCUCAAGCGGCGCCCCGAAGAUGCUAAGCACAAAUCUGACACUUCGACUCCCGACGAUAAGCGGCCGAGGCAUCCACCCUUUGCCAAUGUGGUGUGCGAGUUGAUGAGGAUACAGUCAGUCAAGCAUUUGCUGGAGCCGAUUUUAGAGCCCUUGAUUCGUCGAGUGGUUAAGGAGGAAGUAGAAUUGGCCUUGAGGAAGCAUUUAACCAGCCUGAAACAGACUGGUGGAAAGGAGAUGCAUACUUCUGAAUUGAGAAGCUUGCAGCUGCAGUUUGAAAACAAUAUUUCUCUUCCAGUGUUUACUGGAGCUCGGAUUGAAGGAGAGGAUGGCUCCAACUUAAGAGUAGUAUUAGUUGAUGUGUCGACAGGGAAAGUUGUUAGUUCAGGACCUGAAUCCUUAGCUAAGGUGGAAAUUGUGGUCCUUGAGGGUGAUUUUGAAGAUGAAAGUGAAAUUUGGAUGCCUGAAGAGUUUAAGAGCAACAUUGUGAGGGAGAGAGAAGGAAAAAAACCCCUCCUUACUGGAGAUGUAGCUGUAUAUCUUAAAGAUGGGACUGGUAUGGUUGGUGAAAUUUCAUUUACAGAUAACUCAAGCUGGACAAGGAGCCGUAGGUUUAGGCUUGGUGCAAAAGUUGUGGACAACUUUGAUGGCGUUAGAAUAAGAGAAGCAAAGACAGAGUCAUUCAUUGUUAGGGAUCACCGAGGAGAAUUGUACAAGAAACACCACCCUCCUAAUCUGUUUGAUGAAGUUUGGAGACUGGAGAAGAUAGGCAAGGAUGGAGCUUUCCACAAACGUCUGAGUCGGGAAAAGAUCUACAGCGUGAAAGAUUUUCUUACACUUCUGAAUCUGGAUCCUGCAAAGCUACGCAGUAUACUGGGCACUGGAAUGUCUGCAAAGAUGUGGGAAAUAACUGUGGAGCAUGCUCGAACUUGUACAAUUGAUACCACGAGGCAUGUUUACUUCCCUCCCCCCUCUCAACAGAAAGCUGGUGUGGUCUUCAAUGCUGUGGGACAAGUCACGGGACUACUCUCUGAGUGUGAGUAUGUCCCGGUACAUAAGUUGUCGGAAACUGAAAAGGCUGAUGCUCAAGAAUUGGUCAUUUCCGCAAUUAAACAAGGCGAAAAAAUUUCCUCUUACGAAGAUGAAGCAUCUCUUUUGGAGGGUUCUUCACAUCUAACCAAUGUUCUUUACUCCGAGAGCUCACCAAAUACCGAGGGAUCCAGUGCCAACAAACUUUUGGCUCCUCAAAAGACUGAAGGUCCCACUUACACACCAGCAAGUGCCUCUUCUCCGGAUAUCAUGUCAUCCAUUUAUUCUGUUGGAGGCACCAGUGCCUUGGAUGACUUCUGCUUGCCGAACUUCGACAGCAUGGGCUUAAGAUAUGAUCCUACUAGUCUUGGUUUUCCGGUCCACCAGGUUGCCAGCACUCUGAUCUGCGACCCAGAUCCAAUGGCCCAUGCAUUUGGAGACGAAGAUCAUCUGCGUUUUUUCGAUACCGAUCAAGAUUUGCAGAGCGCUGUGGAUAGCUUCAUGCUGACGCGCUCAUCCGUUGCCAUCGGUAAAGCUCAGAGGAGAUGGAGAAAGGUAACCAACGUCCUAAAAUGGUUCAUGGUGAGGAAACGAAAAAGCGAUACUAAUCAGCAGCGGCAGUUGCGAAGAACAUGAAGUAUCCAGUUGCUUUUGUACAUCUGUUGUUCAGUUUUACAGAGGAAAGAGAGUAAACGUGGCUUCUCUUUAGAUGUAAAUACAUGUUGAUGUGCUUAGGCUCUAAUAGCUAGCCAGAAGCCAUGUAAUUGCUCUUCCUUCCUCCCUUUUGGUUGUCUUCAAAGAUUAAAGCUGUAAAUAAGUAUUUUACAGUCACGAGAGGAUUUCUGGUUGUUGGCAGAUGCUUAUUAUUAGUCAGGUAGUACUAGUAGUAGCAGCAGUAGUAUUAAUUAUUAUAUUGGUAGGAUGUUCUUCAUGAAUCAUGAUCCAAGCCAUUGUUAUGGAUCAUAAUUUUUGUAAGCACGUUUUGUCCAAUAAUAUCAGCUGUGGAUAUUAUUUGCC